AAGAAACCACAACAAAACGCUUUGAUUAGCCAAGUCAUUAGAACCCCACGGCACAAUGAAAGAUAAGGUUAUCGGAUCUAAAAGUUGGGUAACCGAUUCAAUCGGUGGAAAAGUACGGAGCGAUGUGGGUGCGCAGCGGAGUGUUUAUUGUAUUCCUGGGGAUUCUGGGGGUUCCUCCACCGAUCUCGGCUGGUAAUGUUCUGGCUGUUUAUCCCCACUUUGGUUUUAGCCACUUUAAAGUGGUGAUGCCCAUACUAAAUGAGCUGGCGACUCGGGGACACGACAUUACAGUGAUCUCGUAUGUGAAGAAUCCACAUGCAGAAGCCUUUCCCAACUACGAGGAACUGCUGAUCUCAGCGCCUGGUGAGGAUCAGUCGAGCACCACGAUCAAUUUGGUUUCCCUGACGGAAAACACACCCACAAGAUCCCUGCCAGCACUGAUCCGGGAAUAUAAAGCCCUGCACAAUGAGGGUCAGAAGACAUGUGACCAUCUCUUUGCCAGUGGUCACAUAGACAGAGUUAUCGAACGACACCAAAACAAACCCUAUGAUCUUCUACUCACGGAAUAUUUCAACUCCGACUGCCAACUGGCCUUGGCCAAGUUAUUGAAUCUCCCAAUUAUAGGCUUGAGUACCUGCGCCCUGAUGCCCUACUAUUACGAUCGCAUUGAUCUGCCGGAUUCUCCCGCGUUUAUACAAUCUGAAUUUGUGGGAUUUUCUGGCCAACUGAAAUGGCAUGAGCGCUUGCUAAACUUUAUACAAGCUAAGUUAUUAAAGUUUCUCUACAAAUAUCACUCCAAUAGAGCCGAUAACCUAUUGAUACGAAAGUAUCUUGGAGUGGAAAUAGAUGUAGAGGAAGUAGCUCGCACCCAAACUGCUUUUAUUUUCGGAAAUCAGCAUUACUCGCUAAUGGGCAGUCGUCCACAAUCCCUACAAUUUGUGGAAAUUGGAGGAGUGCACAUCACUAAAAAGGCAGAACAGGAAUUACCAGAGAGUAUCACCACUUUCCUAAAUCGGUCAAACGAAGGUGUGAUCUUCAUUAGCUGGGGUUCUAUGGUGCGAGCUUCAAGCAUCGAUGAGGAUAAACUAACAUCUAUUUUGGAAGUUCUACAAAAUCAGCCCUUAAGAAUCAUUUGGAAGUGGGAGGGGGAUGAGACGCCAAAAACAGAUUCCUCCAAAUUUCUCUUCGUCAAAUGGGCUCCUCAAUUAGCUCUUCUUUGUCACCCCAAAGUAAAGUUGUUCUGGUCUCAUGGCGGCCUACUUGGAACCACCGAAUCGGUACAUUGUGGCAAACCCCUACUAGUCACUCCGAUCUAUGGAGAUCAAUUCCUAAAUGCAUUUUCGGUACAAAAUCGUGGUAUGGGUCUAAAAUUGAACUAUGAAGAUAUCACUAUACCAAACCUUAAGCGUGCCUUUACAGAGCUAAGCAAAAAGAGUUACGCUCAACGUUCUCUUCAGAUCUCGAAGAUUUUCAAUGAGCGUGAGAAAGCGCCGCUGGAGACAGCUAUUUGGUCUGUGGAACAUGUAAUUAAAAAUGGUUUAGUAGCCGCAGAACUACUUCAAUCGCCAGGCAUUGAACUUAAUGGAUUUAUCUACCACUCAUUGGAUAGUAUAGCCCUGAUAUUCAUACCAGUAGUUUUCUUGAUAAUAAUCUUAAGUUAUAUGUGCAGAGGAAAGCCAUCUACGCCUGCCAAUAAGAAACUUGGCAAGAAGCCAAAGAGAUCUUAAGCCUCACGAGUCUACUAAACAUUACGAAUGACAUGCUAAUUUUUGUAACAACAAAUAUAUAGUAAGUACAGUUUAAUGAGGAUUUCAGUAGCGCAGGCGUUGCAUGCAGUCCCUGCGACACUCCUCAAAGGUCAGGAAAUUAUUCUCAGUGGAGGCACAGCCCGUGUAGUAGAAGCUCUCGCAAUUUCCGGUCUUCUUGUUGUAGGCAUAUCGCAAUUGACGUCCUUUGCAUAAACCAGGUGCCUUGGGCUGUCUGCAAGCUGGAAAAAAUGUUAAAGUUUAUAAAACAUAUAAUAAAAUCUAUUUUUUAAAAGCUUAAAUAGCUCA